AUGCCAGUCCGUCUUCCUCACACCGUGCAGCAGCACACAACUAUCCUGGUUCAGGAAGUCAGAUACCAGUCUCAACAAGCUGUGCAGCACCAUGGCAGAGAUGAAGGUGAGACUACAACUCGAACAUCUGAUGCUUCGCCUGAUUGUCCUGCAUCAGGUGAGACUACAUUUCGAACAUCUGAUGCUUCGCCUGAUUGUCCUGCAUCAGGUGGGACUACAAUUCGAACAUCUGAUGCUUCGCCUGAUUGUCCUGCAUCAGGUGGGACUACAACUCGAACAUCUGAUGCUUCGCCUGAUUGUCCUGCAUCAGGUGGGACUACAACUCGAACAUCUGAUGCUUCGCCUGAUUGUCCUGCAUCAGGUGGGACUACAACUCGAACAUCUGAUGCUUCGCCUGAUUGUCCUGCAUCAAGCGAGACUACAACUCGAACAUCUGAUGCUUCGUCUGAUUGUCCUGCAUCAGGUGAGACUACAACUCGAACAUCUGAUGAUUCGCCUGAUUGUCCUGCAUCAAGUGAGACUACAAUUCGAACAUCUGAUGCUUCGUCUGAUUGUCCUGCAUCAGGUGGGACUACAACUCGAAUAUCUGAUGCUUCGUCUGAUUGUCCUGCAUCAAGUGAGACUACAAUUCGAACAUCUGAUGCUUCGUCUGAUUGUCCUGCAUCAGGUGGGACUACAACUCGAAUAUCUGAUGCUUCGCCUGAUUGUCCUGCAUCAGGUGAGACUACAAUUCGAACAUUUGAUGCUUCGCCUGAUUGUCCUGCAUCAGGUGGGACUACAACUCGAACAUCUGAUGCUUCGUCUGAUUGUCCUCCAUCAAGUGAGACCACAACUCGAACAUCUGAUGCUUCGCCUGAUUGUCCUGCAUCAGGUGAGACUACAACUCGAAAAUCUGAUGCUUCGCCUGAUUGUCCUGCAUCAGGUGAGACUACAACUCGAACAUCUGAUGCUUCGUCUGAUUGUCCUGCAUCAAGUGAGACUACAAUUCGAACAUCUGAUGCUUCGCCUGAUUGUCCUGCAUCCGGUGAGACUACAAUUCGAAUAUCUGAUGAUUCGCCUGAUUUUCCUGCAUCAAGUGAGACUACAAUUCGAACAUCUGAUGCUUCGCCUGAUUGUCCUGCAUCAGGUGGGACUACAAUUCGAAUAUCUGAUGCUUCGUCUGAUUGUCCUGCAUCAGGUGGGACUACAAUUCGAACAUCUGAUGCUUCGCCUGAUUGUCCUGCAUCAAGUGAGACUACAAUUCGAACAUCUGAUGCUUCGCCUGAUUGUCCUGCAUCAGGUGAGACUACAACUCGAACAUCUGAUGCUUCGUCUGAUUGUCCUGCAUCAGGUGAGACUACAACUCGAACAUCUGAUGCUUCGCCUGAUUGUCCUGCAUCAGGUGAGACUACAACUCGAACAUCUGAUGCUUCGCCUGAUUGUCCUGCAUCAGGUGGGACUACAACUCGAACAUCUGAUGCUUCGCCUGAUUGUCCUGCAUCAGGUGAGACUACAACUCGAACAUCUGAUGCUUCGCCUGAUUGUCCUGCAUCAAGCGAGACUACAACUCGAACAUUUGAUGAUUCGCCUGAUUGUCCUGCAUCAGGUGAGACUACAACUCGAACAUCUGAUGAUUCGCCUGAUUGUCCUGCAUCAGGUGAGACUACAACUCGAACAUCUGAUGCUUCGCCUGAUUGUCCUGCAUCAGGUGGGACUACAAUUCGAACAUCUGAUGCUUCGUCUGAUUGUCCUGCAUCAGGUGAGACUACAACUCGAACAUCUGAUGAUUCGCCUGAUUGUCCUGCAUCAGGUGAGACUACAAUUCGAACAUCUGAUGCUUCGCCUGAUUGUCCUGCAUCAGGUGAGACUACAACUCGAACAUCUAAUGCUUCGCCUGAUUGUCCUGCAUCAGGUGAGACUACAAUUCGAACAUCUGAUGCUUCGCCUGAUUGUCCUGCAUCAGGUGGGACUACAAUUCGAACAUCUGAUGCUUCGCCUGAUUGUCCUGCAUCAAGUGAGACUACAACUCGAACAUCUGAUGCUUCGCCUGAUUGUCCUGCAUCAGGUGAGACUACAACUCGAACAUUUGAUGAUUCGCCUGAUUGUCCUGCAUCAGGUGAGACUACAACUCGAACAUCUGAUGAUUCGCCUGAUUGUCCUGCAUCAGGUGAGACUACAAUUCGAAUAUCUGAUGAUUCGCCUGAUUGUCCUGCAUCAGGUGAGACUACAACUCGAACAUCUGAUGCUUCGCCUGAUUGUCCUGCAUCAGGUGAGACUACAACUCGAACAUUUGAUGAUUCGCCUGAUUGUCCUGCAUCAGGUGAGACUACAACUCGAACAUCUGAUGAUUCGCCUGAUUGUCCUGCAUCAGGUGAGACUACAACUCGAACAUUUGAUGAUUCGCCUGAUUGUCCUGCAUCAGGUGAGACUACAACUCGAACAUCUGAUGAUUCGCCUGAUUGUCCUGCAUCAGGUGGGACUACAACUCGAACAUCUGAUGCUUCGCCUGAUUGUCCUCCAUCAAGGGAGACUACAACUCGAACAUCUGAUGCUUCGCCUGAUUGUCCUGCAUCAGGUGAGACUACAACUCGAACAUUUGAUGCUUCGCCUGAUUGUCCUGCAUCAGGUGGGACUACAAUUCAAACAUCUGAUGCUUCGCCUGAUUGUCCUGCAUCAGGUGGGACUACAACUCGAACAUCUGAUGAUUCGCCUGAUUGUCCUGCAUCAAGUGAGACUACAACUCGAACAUCUGAUGAUUCGCCUGAUUGUCCUGCAUCAGGUGAGACUACAACUCGAACAUCUGAUGCUUCGCCUGAUUGUCCUGCAUCAGGUGGGACUACAAUUCGAAUAUCUGAUGCUUCGUCUGAUUGUCCUGCAUCAGGUGAGACUACAACUCGAACAUCUGAUGCUUCGCCUGAUUGUCCUGCAUCAGGUGGGACUACAACUCGAACAUCUGAUGCUUCGCCUGAUUGUCCUGCAUCAGGUGGGACUACAAUUCGAAUAUCUGAUGCUUCGCCUGAUUGUCCUGCAUCAGGUGGGACUACAAUUCGAACAUCUGAUGCUUCGCCUGAUUGUCCUGCAUCAGGUGAGACUACAACUCGAACAUUUGAUGAUUCGCCUGAUUGUCCUGCAUCAGGUGAGACUACAACUCGAACAUCUGAUGCUUGGCCUGAUUGUCCUGCAUCAGGUGGGACUACAACUCGAACAUCUGAUGCUUCGUCUGAUUGUCCUGCAUCAGGUGGGACUACAAUUCGAACAUCUGAUGCUUGGCCUGAUUGUCCUGCAUCAGGUGAGACUACAACUCAAACAUCUGAUGCUUCGCCUGAUUGUCCUGCAUCAAGUGGGACUACAACUCGAACAUCUGAUGCUUCGCCUGAUUGUCCUGCAUCAGGUGAGACUACAACUCGAACAUCUGAUGAUUCGCCUGAUUGUCCUGCAUCAGGUGAGACUACAACACGAACAUCUGAUGAUUCGCCUGAUUGUCCUGCAUUAGGUGAGACUACAACUCGAACAUCUGAUGCUUCGCCUGAUUGUCCUGCAUCAGGUGGGACUACAAUUCGAACAUCUGAUGCUUCGUCUGAUUGUCCUGCAUCAGGUGAGACUACAACUCGAACAUCUGAUGAUUCGCCUGAUUGUCCUGCAUCAGGUGAGACUACAAUUCGAACAUCUGAUGCUUCGCCUGAUUGUCCUGCAUCAGGUGGGACUACAAUUCGAACAUCUAAUGCUUCGUCUGAUUGUCCUGCAUCAAGUGGGACUACAACUCGAACAUCUGAUGCUUCGCCUGAUUGUCCUGCAUCAGGUGGGACUACAAUUCGAACAUCUGAUGCUUCGCCUGAUUGUCCUGCAUCAAGUGAGACUACAACUCGAACAUCUGAUGCUUCGCCUGAUUGUCCUGCAUCAGGUGAGACUACAACUCGAACAUUUGAUGAUUCGCCUGAUUGUCCUGCAUCAGGUGAGACUACAACUCGAACAUCUGAUGAUUCGCCUGAUUGUCCUGCAUCAGGUGAGACUACAAUUCGAACAUCUGAUGCUUCGCCUGAUUGUCCUGCAUCAAGUGAGACUACAACUCGAACAUCUGAUGAUUCGUCUGAUUGUCCUGCAUCAGGUGAGACUACAACUCGAACAUUUGAUGAUUCGCCUGAUUGUCCUGCAUCAGGUGAGACUACAACUCGAACAUCUGAUGCUUCGCCUGAUUGUCCGGCAUCAGGUGAGACUACAACUCGAACAUUUGAUGCUUCGCCUGAUUGUCCUGCAUCAGGUGGGACUACAAUUCGAACAUCUGAUGCUUCGCCUGAUUGUCCUGCAUCAGGUGGGACUACAACUCGAACAUCUGAUGCUUCGCCUGAUUGUCCUGCAUCAGGUGAGACUACAACUCGAACAUCUGAUGCUUCGCCUGAUUGUCCUGCAUCAAUUGAGACUACAACUCGAACAUUUGAUGAUUCGCCUGAUUGUCCUGCAUCAGGUGGGACUACAACUCGAACAUCUGAUGAUUCGCCUGAUUGUCCUGCAUCAGGUGAGACUACAACUCGAACAUCUGAUGCUUCGCCUGAUUGUCCUGCAUCAGGUGGGACUACAAUUCGAAUAUCUGAUGCUUCGUCUGAUUGUCCUGCAUCAGGUGAGACUACAACUCGAACAUCUGAUGCUUCGCCUGAUUGUCCUGCAUCAGGUGGGACUACAACUCGAACAUCUGAUGCUUCGCCUGAUUGUCCAGCAUCAGGUGGGACUACAAUUCGAAUAUCUGAUGCUUCGCCUGAUUGUCCUGCAUCAGGUGGGACUACAAUUCGAACAUCUGAUGCUUCGCCUGAUUGUCCUGCAUCAGGUGAGACUACAACUCGAACAUUUGAUGAUUCGCCUGAUUGUCCUGCAUCAGGUGAGACUACAACUCGAACAUCUGAUGCUUGGCCUGAUUGUCCUGCAUCAGGUGGGACUACAACUCGAACAUCUGAUGCUUCGUCUGAUUGUCCUGCAUCAGGUGGGACUACAAUUCGAACAUCUGAUGCUUGGCCUGAUUGUCCUGCAUCAGGUGAGACUACAACUCAAAUAUCUGAUGCUUCGCCUGAUUGUCCUGCAUCAAGUGGGACUACAGCUCGAACAUCUGAUGCUUCGCCUGAUUGUCCUGCAUCAGGUGAGACUACAACUCAAACAUCUGAUGCUUCGCCUGAUUGUCCUGGUCAACCACGCCACUCGUGA